GCUGGCCAGCUAUAAAACGGUCUGCCCAUCCGGCAAUCGGCAUCAGUUUCAUUUGUCACUCAGCAAAUCAAAACCAACCAAGCCAAGAUGUUCAAGUUCCUCGCCGUCGCCCUGUUCGCCCUGAUCGCCUGCGUCGCCGCCAAGCCCGGAAUCGUGGCUCCCCUGGCCUACUCCGCCCCUCUGGUGGCUGCUCCUUCGGCGGCUGUCUACACCCGGGAGUACCACGGCAACUUCGCAGCUCCCUACGUGGCAGCCUCUCCCUACGUGGCCUCCCCCUACGUGGCAUCUCCCUACGUGGCAUCCCCCUAUGUGGCGUCUCCCUAUGUGGCUGCCCCCUACACUGCUCCUCUGCUGCUGAAGAAGUAGGUUUCAAUACUGGAUAUGGACUGGAUAACUGAAUAUUAAAAAUGAUCAAAUAAUAAAAUAACUAAUAGAAACGAAAA